AUGGCAAAUGAGAGUGAUAAAGCACUGGAGAAGAUACGGAUCGCAGCUCAGAGGCAGUAUCGCGUGGACGACAAGCCUACCAAGGAAGCGGUGUUCUCUUUGCUCCAGCGAUCCUGGUUUAAGCGCAUAUGGGUGCUUCAGGAGGUUGCUGCCGCGCGACAGGUAAACAAUUUCCGCCGACGACAUUUGAUAUUCUUCCCUGGUAUGCGUCAAGCGCAACUCGUCGCACCAAGCUCUACGUGUUUCGCUUUCGGGUACCUCCCAGGUGGCCACGUCCAAACCAGAUAUGGGUGCAAUGGAAUAUUGCAAAUAGGACUGUGA